CAUCACAUAUGCUAUGGUGUAUUUGAUACAUAUCACAUCUAAAGUAGCUAAUACAAGGUUGUAUGUUUCUUUAAUUUGGUUUUAAGUUGUGUCUUAUUUUUUAUUUAUUUUUUUCCUAACGGUUACAAUACUGUAUUCUACAUCUAGAAAAAGUAACUUUUCCAUCUAACGCGCCCCCUAUUUCUUGGAUUACACCGUGCUGGGUAUAGCUCAGUGUAUUAUUUAUUUAUUUUGAACUACAUUUCGGCAGUAAAGCUGACUUUGCCUUGGUUGUCAAAAUCUAAAACAUAAAUGAUUUCACUCCAACCCCCUGGCUUGUCCCCUCCCCUUCCAGAAGCUCCAAUGAUCGCAGCUUGCACAAAGCAGUCUGAGCCAGAAGCUUCACAAGCACAGGACUGCUGUCAGUUGUUCACACGGUGCUGUGUAAGACUACAGAAAAAAGGAGUUUGAAUCUGAAGUACAAAGAAUUGUCAGCUGUAUCAUAUAACUUAAGUGGAUAUCAUACAUUUUGUUUCUAACUAUUGGAUUUACAUGCCUAGUGUUUUAUUUUUGUGUUGUUUUGUUUUUUAACGGAAACUCUUGUUUCCAUAUUCUUGGAAAAUACGUUUUAAACAGAUUAAGAAAUGCAAAAAGUUGCUGGAAUCCUGUGAAAGUUUCGAUGGACAUCUAUUAUGAGAAGGUGAAACUUCAAAUAUGGGUUUUCUGUGAAUUAUGGAUUGAAUCCUUCAUUUUUAUAAAAGAAGACUGUUACAAAAUAAGGUGACAUUUUAGGCAUUUUUACUUUUGAUACGACACUGACAACAACCUUAAUUAUAAUAAAGGUUUUCAGGUGUUGCUUCAAGUAUAGUGGGGCAGGAUAUGGAGUCACUGCCAUUGCCUUAGUUUUAUUCUACAAAUCACUUUAUUCGUCAGAUUUAUUUCUGGAGAGCCACGCUUUAUUGUACAAUAUUUUUAAACUUCGACAUUCACCUUUGGAAUACAAUCAUGGACUUUAUUCUGAGUUUACUAAAUAUUGUUUUGGCUGCCCUUCUAUAUAUUUCAACUGUGAAGACGGCUCACAUACCUGGAGAUGGAGAGAGGAAACCUAGUGAAGUUAUUAGGUUUUUGGAAGUCUACGAGAGAAGCUAUUGUCGGACAAUAGAGACUUUAGUAGACAUCUUCCAGGAGUAUCCUGAUGAAGUAGAGUACAUUUUCAAGCCUUCAUGUGUACCACUCAUGAGAUGUGCGGGCUGCUGUAGUGAUGAAAGUUUAGAGUGUGUGCCGAAGGAAACGCACAAUGUAACUAUGGAGAUAAUGAAAAUCAAACCGCAUCAUAGUCAACAUAUAGGAAUGAUGAGUUUCACAGAACACAGUACAUGUGAAUGCAGACCAAAGAAAGAUGUCAAAGAAAAAAAAGAAAAAAAACCCAGGAAAGGCAAGGGCAAAGGUCUUAAGAGAAAAAUAAAGAAAAACAGAGACAAAAAGCCCAACUCCCACUGUGAGCCUUGCUCAGAGAGAAGAAAACACUUGUUUGUACAGGAUCCACACACCUGUAAAUGUUCCUGCAAAUUCACACAUUUGCGUUGCAAGUCCAGGCAGCUUGAGUUAAACGAAAGAACUUGCAGGUGUGAAAAGCCAAGGAGAUGAGAGGAAGUUAAAAUGGACAUGACAUGAAGGAUAUACAUAGCACAGCACUUUGAAUUCUGAUCAUUUUUAUUUUUCUCCGGAAAAGCAUUCCCUGGAAAGAUUGUUGACAAACAUAAUCAUCCUGUUGUAUAUUUUCGAAAUAUUAAUAUAUAAAGAAAAUAAUUAAUUGUUUUGCUGCUAAAAAAAAAUACCAGACAUACUGGGUGGAUGAAUCUUUUUUUUUUAAUAUGACAAAUUUAAAUAUUUUUCACUGGAUGCAAUCGGUCUGCUGUGGAUAUAGACAACAGAAUGAGAACUCUACGAGUAGAAGAAAAACAGAAAGUCAACGGCGAACAGAGUGUCUCAGAAUGUUCAACAUUUCUUAUGAUAAUUUUUUGAUGAAUAGCUGCUUUUCUGUGGAAAAUAUAAUACACCAAGAUGCUUUGUCAAAGCCCUCAAAGGUCCAAAUUAAGUGUUGGAACAUGGAACUCUGUUUAUAAUGUCACUUCCUGCUUUAUUGUGGCCCUAUGCAGGAGUGUUGACUCUGGGCUAACAACUGCUUUCAUGAAAGAAGGCUGUAGCAACUAACACUAAAUACAGGACUCAAAAAGCAAAUGUGUAAAGGGAUAUUAAUUAUGGGUAUACAGUGCCUAUAGAAAGUUUACACCCCCUUGAACUUUUUUCACAUUUUGUUGUGUUAGUGCCUCAGAGUUUCAUGCAUUUAAAUGAGGAUUUUUUUCCACUUAUCUACACACCAAACUCCACAUGUUAAGGGGAAAAGGUUUUUAUUGAGAAAAAAAUUAUAUAUUAAAAAUACAAAAGUGAAAGAUCAUAAUUGGAUAAGUCUCCACCCCCCUGAGAUAAUACUUGGUGGAAGCACCUUUGGUAGCAAUUACAGCUGUAACAGAGUCUGUUGGGAUAGGUCUCUACCAACUUUGCAUACCUAGAUUUGGCAAUAUUUGACCAUUCUUCUUUACAAAACUGUUUAAACUCUGUCAAGUUCCUUGGGGAGCGUUGAUAGACAGCAAUCUUCAAGUCAUGCCACAAAUUUAUGAUUGGAUUUAGGUCGGGGCUCUGACUGGGCCACUCAAGGACAUUUAUCUUUUUGUUCCCAGCCGCAUACAGACUCACCUCAUCUCAACUAGCCGUACAGAGUCUGGAUGAAUCGUAGCAGUGUGCGUGCCCUUAAAACCAAGAUUAUGCACAUUUCAGUCGGGAUGUCUUCAGAUUUGAAGAUUGAACAUGUUGAAUCUUUUUCAGAUGCAGUUUCGUUCAGAUGUGAUCAGUCUGUGUGCGGCGGUUGCCGACCAAGACUGACUGAGACCGAUUAGUCAUAAGGGUGUCAACCAGUGGUGAAGCAGGUUUAAGUGACAUAACUUGUCAUACAAGAUGGCGGAAUAUUGACAGCUUUAGUUCCACAGGUAAAAAUACAUUAGCCUGGAAUUGCUCUGCGUGUCCCGAAUUCAAAAAUACCAGAUAUGUGCACAUUUGAAUAGUUUUUUAGGCGUUUAGUAAUCAAAGGUAAAUGAUCAAUUUACCUUUUUAUUAUCAAUCUACUGGCAGCCUAUAUUUUCUUACUGUGCUAAAACAGAAGUAACCGGUGCGUCGAUCUCCAGUAGGUCACAAAUCACAAGCCCCUAGAUCCACACGCUGAGAAAAAAAUGCCAAAGUCAAAUAAAAAUAAUCAACAGGUUGGAUUUUAUUUACCACAGGCUAAAGUUUAGUAGACAAACUAUACACAAAGUCAAACACUGCCUGAAACAUUUGCAUGGUGUAAAUGGUCAAGAGCUAAAUUAACAGGCUAAGCACUUCUUUUGGUUGCCUCGCAGCGCUGUCUCCGCUGUCUAAUCAGCAUAUGAUGCCAUGCAAAAUAUGAGGGUUGCUAUGUUGGGCCAAGUUAAUACAAAAAUGUGUGCAGGGCAGUAUUAAUUAAAUCUGCAUACAUAGUAAUCACUAGUAUCUAGUCGUCAUUAGUAAUUCAGUCUUAGCAGUGUGCGACACCCAUUCGGGAAAAACUCAGUUGUGACAUGAAACCAAAACUGAGCACAACUGAUCGCAGAAUCUGUGCAUACUCAGAUGAGAUGAGUUGGGACGGCUUGAGUCGGGCUGUGUGCGCCUUAGCCACUCCAGUGUAGCUUUGGCUGUGUGCUUUGGGUCGUUGUCAUGCUGAAAGGUGAACUUCCGUCCCAGUUUCAGCUUUCUUGCAGAGGGCAGCAGGUUUUCCUCAAGGACUUCUCUGUACUUUGCUUCAUUCAUUUUCCCUUCUAUCCUGACAAGUGACCCAGUCCCUGCCAAUGAGAAACAUUCCCAUAACAUGAUGCUGCCACCACCAUGCUUCACAGUAGGGAUGGUGUUCUUUGGGUGAUGCGCUGUGUUGGGUUUGCGCCAAACAUAACGCUUUGCAUUUAAGUAAAAAAAUUCAAUUUUAGUUUCAUCAGACCACAAAACUUUUUGCCACAUGGCUACACAAUCUCCAGAGUGUUUUUUUGCAUACUUCAAACAGGAUUCAAGGUGGGCUUUCUUGAGUAAUGGCUUCCUUCUUGCCACUCUACCAUACAGGCCAGAUUUGUGGAGUGCUUGGGAUAUUGUUGUCCCAUGCACACUUUGACCAGUCUUGGCCAUAAAAGCCUGUAGCUCUUGCAAAGUUGGCAUUGGCCUGUUGGUAGCUUCUCUGAUCAGUCUCCUUCUUGCUCGGUCAUCCAGUUUGGAGGGACGGUCUGAUCUAGGCAGGGUCUAGGUGGUGCCAUACACCUUCCACUUCUUAAUAAUCUUCUUAAUAAUCGUCUUGACCGUGCUCCAAGGCCUUUGAUAUUUUUUUAUACCCAUCCCCUGAUCUGUGCCUUUCAACAACUUUGUCCUGGAGUUCUUUUGAAAGCACCUUGGUGCUCAUGGUUGAGUCUUUGCUUUGAAAUGCACUACCCAGCAGAGGGAACCUACAGGAACUGCUGAAUUUAUCCUGAAAUCAUGUGAAUCACUACAAUUUAACACAGGUGGAGGCCACUUAACUUGGUGUGUGGUUUUGAAGAUGACUGGUUACACCUAAUUUAGGAUUGUUAUUACAAGGGGUGUGGACACUUAUCCAACCAAGCUAUUUCAGUUUUUAUUUUUAAUUAAUUUUCUACAAAUUUCUAGAAUAUGUUUUUCACUUGGAAGAAGUGGGGUGGGUUGUGUAGAUAAAUGAAAAAAAAACAAUUUUAAUGCAUUUUAAUUCCAGGCUAUAAGGCAACAAAAGGUGAAAAUUUUGAAAGGGGGUGUAGACUUUUUAUAGGCACUGUAUAUGGAUACAUUUUGAAAUUGAUUCUGUAGUCAGAGAAGGGCUUUUUACUUUUUAGUAGCAAACUCUCUAAGCCCUCCUGUAGCCUUCAUUAGUUUCUAAAGUAUUAUUUUCCAAAGAAAGCCUUACACACACUAUUGAAGUAUUUAAAAACAAAACAACAUCUGUAUAUGCAUAUUUAAUAUCCCUUUUGUAGUGGACAAUUUACACAGAUAAUUUAUAAUUUAGAUAAUGUUCAGUAUUCUUUGUGUAUAUAUUUAAUUUCAAUUUAUUUAUAUGCAGUGUUAACUAAUUAUUUUUUUGUUUGCUGUAAAUGUAGGGUCAUCCACUCCUCCAGUGAUCAUGAGGUUAGAUUACUUUAAAAGAAAAACACUUAAACAUUCCUGAACAAUAUUUCAGUUUCCUUUUAACUCUAGUAAUAAGGUUUUUGUUCCCAAAGCCAAUGCAUAGUUUUGCCCCAAAAGCUGAAAAGACAAUUUUUAUAAUAAAAUAGAGUAAAUUAUCUGCCUGGGGGAAAUAACUCAGACUUUCUAAUGGCUGUGUUACAAAGUCACAUUGAACAAUGGUGCACUACCUGAUCAAACUGUGUAUGCUGCACAUUGAAAUAGUAUAAGCUACAUACUAACACUAUAUAGUGAAAUUGCAUACACUACAUAUUUUGCAUGUUGUGUGUCUGCUAUUUCAGUGUGUAGUGUAUGCAGGUUUGACAUGUAUUGGUAAUCUAUGAAUUUCUAGUUGCUUCACUAGUAUGAAUUGUGCCUCAAAUGACAACAUAUAAUAAACAAUACAUUCUAGUCGUAGUAAACUGAAACAACUAUUCUGUACAGCCACAUUUUUAGUAUAUUUUGUCACAUUUAUAUUUAUUGGUGCUUUACGUGGUAAAUGUUUUAAAUAUUAACAAUUUUUUUUUUUAGUAAAUGUUAUUCUGAACCUAGUAAACGUAUUUAUUUUAAAGUAUCAUGUUUUUUUAUUAAAAAAUAAGUGAA